AUGUCUGUGUCCUACUGUCAGCCACUCGACAAGACCUCUGGUCGUCAUUCGUCCUCAACCUUUAUUGCUCAUUUGAUGCAUCAGGAAUACCCUCCAAAGGUCCAGCCUCGCUCUUCCGCCGCAAGAGACAAUGGUCUCAUUCUCGACAUGGCCUCACAGCCGUCCAAAAACCACAAGGCACCAGCCAUAGACUACUCCUUAUUGGAUAAGGUAGAUGCCGAGGCUGGAUGCAUCCUCAUCGCCCUCGCAAACCACGACCCAACAAAGGCACCCUUCAGUAUCCCAGUUGCAGACGCCGCUGCAGCUCUAUUACAGUCAGCAAAGUCAACCGGAGACAGGACCCAGCCAAAAGGGUCGGCAGUUCCUCGCAACACAACCGAUAGUAUUAUCAGUACCUCUUCAUCUUCGUCCUCAAGCACAAGUGGAAGCACCAACUCUAUGUCUAUCAGUAGUCUCCUAAGCAACGAUGCUCCCCCUUCUCCUGCAUUGACAUCUCAACAAGAAGAACCUCUUGAACAAAAAACUAUCGAACCAUUAUCGACUGACAAGGUCCCUCGAUCUCUGUUCCACAACACUCAAAGUGGAGACGAGCCUUGGAACUCCCAUGUGCAAUCCGAUCCUAUCAUGUUGUUGGUUGCAGCAGCUGAAGCUGUCACUAGCAAUGACAAGGCAUUGGCCGAGAAAGACCGGCGCCGCUCCGGGGGAAAGCUUUACGAACGAGACGAAGACGGCGAUCACCAUGUGGGCCAACCCAAACGAAAAUGGCACGACCACUCCAUGUCAGAUACCCAAGAUAUUAAUGACUCUAGGCAGCGUCUCAGUCCCGAGAAGAGGGCACGGCAGACAAACGAUGCCUGGCAAGAUGAAUUUUAUGAAGAGAAAAAUCCUAGAUCCUCAGAUAGCAGCAACUCAUUUUCUUGGCAAUACCAGUCCAUGAAACACGACCCAAAAAUCAAACGAAAUGCAAUGCACGCCUACAUCACUUACAUGAUCUAUACUGACAUGGUUAAUGAACAAUCGCACUCUGGCACUAAACCAGGUAGAGACAACUUCAAAGAACCCUCUCAAAGACAGGAUCAAAUAGAUUUACAUCGCACGCGUGGACAAUCUAUCGAAGAUGAAUAUGGAUCCUCAUUACGGCCACGAAACGAUUAUAAUGAUCACAAGGGAUUACCUAUCGAUACCAGCCAAAACUCUCCAAGCAGUGCAUCUCUUUAUACAACCAACCAACGCUCAACAGACGUCCCACGAACACAGCAUCUAUCAGCACCGCAGUCUAAUGAAUCAUUAUGGUACUCUUCCUCGUAUCAUUCACCAUUACAGGAAAGUCCAAUCCUUGCACGCCCAUUGACCGCCUUUCUUUGGGAUGAUGUUUCUGUAAAGACGACUGAAAGGAAACAUGAAAACGUUAUGCUACCUCCUCUGACUUCACGCCCUAUGACACAUCCUUCCUCACCCGCAAAUGGCAGUUUCCAAUAG